AUGAGCUCGAAGGAGAAGCCCACCCUCGGAGGCCAGCGGAUUAAGACCCGCAAGCGGAAUAUCGCAGCUCCUUUGGACCCUUCGUCGUUCUCUGAUGCAAUUGUCCAGAUUUAUCUGGAUAAUGCUGGAGAUCUGGAACUUGUUGCCAAAAGUAUAGAGUCAUCAGAUCUCAACUUCUCACGUUACGGUGACACUUUCUUUGAGGUUGUUUUCAUUGGUGUGCGUACUCAGCCUGGUACGAUUAAACCCGAAGAAGAGGGAGAGCGCCACCCCUAUUCUCUCAUUGACUGUGCAGCACAACGUGAAGCAAUAUUACCUUAUGUCCUCUUUAUUCAGAAAACAUUGCGCAGGAGGCCUUUCUUAAUAAAAAGUCUUGAAAAUGUUAUGCGAAAGUUUCUCCAGUCCUUGGAGUUCUUUGAAGAAAAUGAGAGACAGAAACUUGCCAUUUUCACGGCACUUGCAUUUUCUCAGAAAUUAUCAGGUCUGCCACCUGAAACUGUCUUUCAGCCAUUGCUUAAGGACAAUCUUGUUGCCAAAGGGAUAGUUCUUUCAUUCAUUACUGAGUUCUUCAAGGAAUAUCUGAAGGAAAAUAGUUUGGAUGAUCUGAUUGCACUUUUAAAGAAAGGCAAAAUGGAGGACAAUUUACUUGAAUUUUUUCCAUCAGGAAAGAGAACCUCUGAGGCUUUGUCUGAGCAUUUCACCAAAGAAGGUUUGACUAGCCUUGUUGAGUACAAUACCAAGAAAAUGUUUGAAGUUAAGCUCAAGGAGAUAAAGUCAACUCUGACCACUAUGAUCAAUGAAGAAGCUGAAAUAUCUGAAGUAACUGAGGUUGUCAAGCAACAGGUUAAAGAUGCUAAAUUUCCUGAUAUAGAGGUUGUUCGCAUGCUGUGGGAUGUGCUGAUGGAGGCUGUUCAGUGGUCUGGAAAGAACCAGCAGCAAAAUUCUAAUUCAGCACUUAGGCAGGUGAAUGCUUGGGCUGGUCUUAUGAAUGCAUUUUGCACAAGUGGAAAGCUAGAACUGGAACUCAUAUACAAGGUCCAGACACAGUGUUAUGAGGAUGCUAAGUUGAUGAAGCUGUUCCCUGAAAUUAUAAGAUCACUGUAUGAUCAAGAUGUCCUAGCUGAAGAUACCAUACUUCUUUGGUUCCGCAAGGGUUCAAACCAAAAAGGAAGGCAAUCUUUCGUGAAAGCUCUGGAGCCUUUCGUCAAAUGGCUUGAGGAGGCAGAGGAGGAAGAAUAA